AUGGAUGCGCAACAACAUAUUCCGCAACAGGUGAAAAGUGCCGGCGGCGCAUCACGAAUUGCCCAAACUUCAAGGGUUCCCAGGAUGGUGUUUGCCGAGAUUGUUGGCACAUUGUCAUUUCUACAACCACAGGCGGAUGAUGACAUUUCGGAUCGUCUUCACUAUUAUUAUACAACCACAUUUUUGCUACUUACAGCUGUUUUAAUAUCGCUAAAAAUGUUUGGAGGACGGCCGAUCGAAUGUUGGUUACCUGCUGAAUACAAGAGCAGUUGGGAGGAUUACACUGAAAUGUAUUGUUGGGCAAGGAACACCUAUUUCACACCAUUCGAUGAAGAAAAUCUUCCAGAAGUUGUUGAUCGUGAUUAUACGAUGGUCUCUUAUUACCAAUGGGUCCCGUUUUUCCUAGUUGUUGUUGCUUUUAUGUUUUAUGCGCCAUGUUUAAUUUGGCGUCUUUUAUAUGACAAAUCUGGAAUUCGUCUAAAAGAUAUUAUGGCAUUCGCCAAUGACAAAGCUAAUGUGCAGCCAGCACAGCGUCGAGCAAAUAUCAAUGGUCUUUCGGUUCAUCUCUCUUCAAUAUUCCGCCAUCGAUUCCGCUUCGGCGCUUCUCAUCCGUAUCAUCAUAAAAUAUUCAAAUUUCUCAAUUUGCGCUAUUACGAGUCAUAUCUUUCUUAUCUCUAUUUGGUCAUCAAAUUUUUAUUCCUUUUUAAUGUUUUAUUCCAGAUGUACCUCAUGAGUCGAUUUUUGGAGUUGGAGCAGCGUCGAUACUAUGGAUAUGGUAUAUUCUACGACCUCGUGACCGGUGGCGGAUGGAAAGAGUCGAAAAACUUUCCAGUUGUCACAUACUGCGAUAUGCAAAUCAGAAUACUAGGGCAUGUUCAGAGACAUACAGUGCAAUGUGUUCUUGUAAUCAAUAUAUUCACUGAGAAGAUAUUUUUCAUUCUUUGGCUUUGGUACACAAUCUUGGCAUUUUUCUCAUUCGGUUCAAUUUUAACAUGGAUUUUCACAACGCUGCCUUUUGAGCAACGUCGAAAAUUUAUUGCUAGACGACUCGAAUUGGCUGACGUGAAUUUUGACAAGCAAAACUAUCGAAAUGAGCUAGACGAGUUUGUUCGCGAUUAUAUCAAAAUGGAUGGAAUAUUUGUGCUGAAAAUGAUAACUAUUCAUUCUGGUGUGUUGAUUUGCACAGAAGUCGUUGACACCAUGUGGGAUCAAUUCCUCAACGAACAAGGUCAUGAUGUGAUAGUGAAUUUGUUAGAGAAGAAAGACACACUUGAUGAUGAAGAGCGAGCUCCAUCAGCUAGUGGAUAUUCAAUAGAACAAGGUCGUAGGAAAACAUCCGUAUUUGCUCCAUUGGUUAGUCGUGAGGAUUUGACCGUCGAAUUGCCGAGUAAUCAAUUUCUACGACCUCCGAGCAGUCGAAUGAACUCGGUUCAAUAG